AUGAAGAAGACUACGCCAUCUUCUACCCUCGAGGUGCCCACCGAGGAAAUACAGCCCCCCAUUGUCAAUAAUAUAUACGACCGGACCCAUACCCUUAUUGUCCGAGUCUUCCGCCGACUCGUUUAUCGCCAGAGGGACGGCGCAACGUCACCGCAUGGCCGACAUAUCCCACUGCGCCCGGGCCCGUCACAUGUAACAACUGACCAUGCAUAUGUUUCCAACAGCAUCAGAUCCUCGCGAUAUACAAUAUGGGAUUUUUUACCAAAGCAGUUUUUCUUCCAGGCUACGCGCCUAAACAACAUGUUCUUUAUCGCCAUAGGCAUCCCCCAGGCUAUCCCCGGUAUCAGCACCACGGGGAGCUACACUACUAUCUUGCCUCUGUUGUUUUUCAUCUGUCUAACUAUCGCAAAAGAGGGCUUCGAUGACUAUCGACGCCAUCGUUUGGAUAAAGUAGAGAAUGCCAACUUGGCGUAUGUACUUCGGCCAAAGGGGCAGACAGCAGCAGCGGCGGCAGCAAUUGCUGCCGGGCUAGUCCAGUCCCUUUGCAAGGUGGUCACAGAAAGUCCAUUAUUCCCCCAAUUUCUUCAAUCGAAUCAAAAAAGUCGGAGCGAUUUCUUACCACUUGAAGAGGACACGGAUGACAUGUAUGAAUGGACGGCGGUAAAGUGGCGCGAUAUCAAGGUUGGCGACAUCGUCCGUCUGAAACGUGAUGAUCCGGCGCCAGCAGACAUUGUACUCUUGUACGCGAGCAAUGAGAAUGGCGUGGCAUAUAUCGAGACCAUGGCUCUGGACGGAGAGACAAAUCUCAAGAUCAGACAGGCCCUGCAUGAUUUUGAGCAUUGCAGCUCAAUCCAGGGCAUCAAGAGCACUACUGCCAACUUCUCUGUUGAAGACCCUAAUAUGGAUUUGUACGAUUUCAAUGGCCGCGUUGUCAUUUCCGACGACAAGACUCUCCCCCUCACACUCGAUCAUGUCAUCUUUCGGGGCUCAGUGCUUCGAAAUACCACGUUCGCGACUGGCAUGGUGAUAAAUACUGGCGAAGAGUGCAAGAUCCGCAUGAAUGCUAGUCACCAUCCAAAGGCUAAAAAGCCACGCUUAGAGCGUACUUCAAACCAUAUCGUUCUUACUCUCAUCCUCUACGUCGUCUUGCUCUCCGUUGGCUGUUCCAUGGGGUACCUAAUGUGGCAUCGGCGGCAGGAAGUUCAAGCCUGGUAUCUGAUUAGCGCAAGCUAUAACGCUUCCAUCAGUUUCCGGGACAUUGUCAUUGGGUUUUUGAUCAUGUUUAACAACGUCAUUCCAUUGGCAAUGUACAUUUCUCUCGAAGUCGUCAAGGUCGGCCAAAUGUUAUUGGUACAAAGCGAUGUCGGAAUGUACGAUCCUGAAUCCGACAGACACAUGACAUGCAACACAAACACCAUCCUCGAGAAUCUGGGCCAAGUGAGCCAUAUAUUCAGCGACAAGACUGGAACUCUGACGGAAAAUGUCAUGAAUUUUCGCAAGAUGAGUAUUGCGGGCUUGACUUUUUCACACCACCACCAGCAGCAGCCUUCUCAAUCUGAUAACGGAAAAAAUGCUGCUUGCGAUGAUCAAGAUACAACUCCAGAAGAGCGCGAUUUCACAAGUUCUCAACUUACAGAUCACAUACGUCUAUACCCCGACCUGCCUUUUUCGAAACGGGCACGGGACUUUAUUCUUGGAAUGGCAUUGUGUCAUACAGCACUCCCGCAAACAGAUGCUGCAGGCCACAGCGAUUUUGAAUCACCUUCGCCCGACGAAGUAGCUCUUGUGCGAGCCGCACAUGAGCUUGGAUACACCCUCAUAUCAAGAUCAUCACGGACCAUCACACUACGGCUGACGGAUAGGAACGCCGACAGCCAAGAAAGGGAAGAAGAUGAAAAGGAAGAGGACCAACAAUACGAAAUUCUAGACAUAAUUCCUUUCACCAGCAAGCGGAAGCGCAUGUCUAUUAUCCUGCGCUGUCCAGACGGCAAGAUCUGGCUGAUCUGUAAAGGUGCGGAUUCAGUGAUUGUGCCUCGUCUAGAACAAUCUUCGCUCGCGAUGCGGAAAUCACUGGAUGUCCGUCAGAGCAGGCAGUAUGAGCGCGACGAGCUAUGGGAGAGUCAGCAGGUCCGAGCGGAUUUCAAACGUGAUUACGAUAAUAAUGGAGCGAGUCUGCCGUCGAGCCAGCAGGGCUUGGUGAAUGAGCAUACUUCUCGACCGAUUCCGUUGGAGGAUAUCGAGUUCCGAUUCUCGGUCGAUGCGAUGACAAAUGACAGCAUAGACGCGGAUAUACACAACGGAGUCGAAUUGAUGGACGAAUCAGCCAUCUUCAGUCGAUGCUUCGGACAUAUGGAUGACUUUGCCACCGAGGGUCUACGAACGCUGCUCUAUGCGCACAGGACAAUAUCGGAUUCCGACUUCCUUGCCUGGAAGCAGCAUUACUCGGAAGCGACAACAUCACUAACUAACCGAAAGGAUAUGAUCGACGCGGCCGGUGACAUGAUUGAGACAAAUCUCGAAUUACUCGGAGCGUCGGCCAUCGAGGACAAGCUUCAAAGAGGUGUACCGGAGACGAUUGACAAGCUCCAACGAGCGCAAAUAAAAAUCUGGAUGUUGACGGGCGAUAAACGUGAGACGGCUAUUAAUAUCGCUUAUGCUGCGGGCAUCUGCAAGCCGCUAUCGGAGCUUUUCGUCCUAGAUGUAUCCAAGCCAGAAUGCAUCGCGGACCAGAUGCAGGAUUUGAUGUACUCAAUCCCGCUUGACCCCAACCGCCAUCACGUCACAGCCAUUGAUGGGAACACGCUAGGUGUGAUUGAGAAGGACGCCGUUCUGUGCAAGAAAUUCUACCAGCUGAUCUCCCAAGUGGACUCUGUUAUUUGCUGCCGCGCCAGCCCAGCUCAAAAGGCCGGCAUUAUUCGGGGUGUUCGCUCUUCCCUCCCAAAAGCUCUAACGCUGGCGAUUGGAGACGGCGGGAAUGAUAUUGCCAUGAUCCAAGACUCGCACGUGGGGGUCGGUAUUUCUGGGAAAGAAGGACUACAAGCAGCACGCGUUGCAGACUAUAGCAUUGCCCAAUUCCGCUUCUUGCAGCGAUUACUCCUGGUACAUGGCCGCUGGAACUAUAUCCGCACUGCCAAGUUUAUCCUGUGGACUUUUUUUAAGGAGUUUUUCUUUUAUAUGAUGCAAGCCCUCUAUCAGCGCUACGAUGGCUAUACUGGUUCCAGCUUGUACGAAAAUUGGUCACUGACGGUGCUCAACACGCUCUUCACAUCCCUGUGCGUCAUUGUACCUGGUAUAUUCGAGCAGGAUUUGGAGGCAGCCACCUUACUGGCCGUCCCGGAGCUGUACACAUAUGGCAUCAGAAACAAGGCCUUGAAUCUAUACAUCUAUAUCUGGUGGAUGGCUCUUGCGGCUGCGGAAGGGCUUGCGGUCUGGUUCAUCGUGUGGGCUGCAUGGGGCCAUCACAUGGGCGACAAUGGUGCAUUUGCACUGGGAAACUUGUGCUUCAGUCUCGGUAUCGCGUGGCAGAACAUCAAGCUUCUGUUGCUGGAAACACACCGCAAGACAGUCAUAGUCUAUGCGUCUUUUUUCAUCACAUUUGCGGGCUGGUGGGCCUGGAAUGCGUUUUUAUCUGGCAUUUACUCGUCGAACCUUACCCCCUUUGACGUGAAGGAUGGAUUUGCGCAUGGCUUUGGUACUGAUUUGGCCUGGUGGGCGACCUUUGUUUUGGUUCUUACAGCUUUGAUAGUUGUUGAAGUCUCGUACAAAGCCGGUCUUCGAUGCCUACGCCAGUACCUAGCGAAUAAUAAUGGAUUUCGUCGUGGCGGUCAGGGCUUGGUUACGAAAAUGAAAAAAUCGGGCAAGAAUAAGUUUUGGGAGCUGGACUCUCCGAUUACAACUAUAUUAUGGGAUAAGGUGCGGUGUGGAAUAUUAGUCGAAUCGAACUUGGAUAUAGGCAUGUGGCAAGAAGCCGAGGCCGACGAGGCAGUUAUGGCGAAGCUGCAGGCUGUGGCAGAUAGAACAAGUUAA